UUUCAUGAAAAAUCAUUAAACAAUGACUAAACUUGAUAUAUACUUUAUGAUUUAUCUUUUGUUUAACAAAUAACAAGUGAAAUAUGUUGGUUGACAGAUAAUAUUAAUGGAGUUACGUUCCUUUCAACAUUCAUGUACAUCGUAGUCUGCGUCACACAGAAUUACCCUAUAAGAUCGUGCACCGAUUUUGAUGACGUCACAGCGAGGCCUUAAGAUGUGUUUAUAAUAACCGUCAAAGAUGGCUCUGAGACAUAAUCAACGUGUUACUGCUGACAUUGUGCCAAUGGAGGAAACAGAUGAAGAUGAACCUGACAGUACCAUACAGCCACUGAUGAUGCUGAAACGCAAUUUAAUAUCUGACUUUGGACGUCCUAGUGUGUUAGAACCGCCUGUUCCGAGUGAACAUAUGCCUGUGUAUUUGCGAAUCAGACCAUUUUCCAAAGAUGAAACAGAACGAAAUGAGGACCAGGGAUGUUACAUUGUGGAAUCAGACAAGACGGUUGUAACCCAUCCACCAAAGGACUCUCAUUUCUUCAAGAAUAUGACACGAGGACUGUGUAAAUCAACCACAAAGUACACCUUCUCACAAAUCUUCAAUGAGAACACUUCUCAAAAGGACUUCUUCAACUCAACAAUGCUAAACUAUGUCAAGGACUUCAUCGAUGGACAAAAUUGUUUGGUUUUCUCUUAUGGUGUCACAAGUUCUGGUAAAACGUACACAAUUCAAGGCAAUCCCAAGGAUGCAGGCAUAUUGCCAAGAGCACUAGAUGUGCUGUUCAACAGUAUCCAUGGUAAGCAAUGGAAUGGCAUGGAUCUGAAACCCCAAAUGUUUACUGAAGUCGUGCGCCUCUCACCAGAACAGGAGCAGCAUGAAAAGAGGAUGAAGGAGGCCACACUCAAACUCAGUCUAGAUGAUGAUAUGGAUGUGAUGAGCCUGCUUGGAGACGAUGCCUCUGAUAUCUCAUCAGCCACAAACAGCACAGCAUGCUCAGAGGGAUCAAACAUGUCCUCAUUGGCAGGCAAAGAGUUUAUGGACUGUAGCCAGCAGCUGUUUCUGGACCUUGAGCAGCGUGUGCGUGAGGAGGGCAAGGUCAGCGUAGACGAGCAGGGGCAGGUCAAGUUCUCGGUAUGGGUCAGCUUUGCUGAGAUCUAUAAUGAGCAGAUCUACGACCUCCUGGUGCCCAUAGCCAAGAAGAAGAAUGCACGCAGACCUUGUCUGAAACUCAGUGAAGACAAACAUGGGUCUCCAUAUAUUAAAGAUUUGAAGUACAUCCAUGUUGGAAGUGCUGAUGAGGCAUACAAGUUGUUGACUAUUGGCCAGAGAAACCUGCAGAAAGCAUGCACAAAAAUGAACCAAAACUCCUCCAGGAGUCACUGCAUUUUCAACAUCAAAAUCCUACGGGUUAUUGACAAGGACAAUCCUCAUGUUGCGAGAGUGAGCAUGUUGACGCUGUGUGAUCUGGCGGGGUCUGAACGCUACAGUAAGACCCAGAACACUGGGGACCGAUUGAAGGAGGCCGGCAACAUCAACACAUCCCUGCUCACUCUGGGCAGAUGUAUCGAGACACUCAGAUAUAACCAGGCUCACAAGGAUCAACAGCGAAUCAUACCGUUCAGAGAGUCAAAGUUGACGAGGUUAUUUCAGAACAACUUCUCGGGUCGGGGGAAAGCUGCCAUGAUUGUGAAUGUAAACCAGCUGUCAACCAUGUUUGACGAAACCAUGCAUGUUUUCAAAUUUUCAGCUAUUGCUAGCAAGGUUGAAGUGCAACAGAAGCCAGUGUUUAUCAAGCCCAAAAUGCCUAUUGCUGCUGCCCCGUCCUUAAUACCUCGCACCUCUAUCAGUUGGGCAACACCAGCAAGAAACCAUGGUCUGAAGCAGCAUGAGGCAGAAAAUGUUCCAUUGCCAGAUGACAGUGACUUAGAAGAGGAAGAGGAGGAGGAAAAAACUUACACACAGGAAAAUAUUGAUGAGCUGCUGGAGAUCAUAGAGCAGCUACAGGGUGACCUGCAGAGUGAGGUGCACACACGCUGGAAGCUGGAGAAGCAGAUACGCACUGAGGUGUGCGCUGAGAUGAUGAGGCAGUUCAGUCAGAUAGAGGAGGAGCACAGUGAGCGUAUUCGUCAGCGUGAGGUGCGUGCCGAGGAGCUCAAUGAGAAGCGUAUCCAGAUCAUCCUGAAUGCUGAGCGGUCGAGGAGGCAGGCCCUGGAGGCCACCAAUGAUGGGGAGGAGGAGUGGGUCUCCAGUGUCUACCUGCACCAGGAGAGACUCAAGAAUGAGCAAAAAGACAGUACCAUACGAGAACUGCGUCAGGAGAUAGAGAGGCUAACGUCCCAGAGUGUUGGAGCUGUAACAGAAGGGAGUGAGAAGCCAAAAGGGUUAGAGCUGGACACUCAACUAAAGGAGCAACUGGCAAAGAUUGAGGAGGAAAGGCAGGCUGCAGAAAGUCUGCGUAGGCAGCUGCAGGAAUACACGGACCAUAUCACUAAACUGGAGCAGAAACUAGCACAGGCCACUUCAGCUAAAGCUUCUAUGAGCGAACUUGAAGAGAAACUGGCAGAAUAUGAGGCAACUAUCAAGGCUCUGCAGUGUGAAAUGGCACAAAAGGCAGUAAAAGAUGCAGGGUCUGGCGAUGAUCACCUUAUGGACAAUCUCACUCAUCAACUACAGCAGGCCAGGGAUAAGGUCAAGGAACAAGAGGAUGAGAUGGUAGAGCUGAAUGACAUGCUGCGAGAGGCAGGGGAGACAUUCACACUCAAGGAGGCAGAGAUAGAGCGACUCAAGCAGCUCACUGCACAAUACGAACAACAGCUUGAGGAUCAGCGUGAGGCAAUCAAAGUCCUGGAGAGAGCAGCUUCUGACGGUAAAACUGCAAUGGAGUUGGCUGAUCAGUCACUGAGCAAGAGGGAAGAGUGUGUCUCUACCUUACAAGCAGAGAUUCGUGGUCUUGAAGGUGAUGUAACAAAAUACCGAAACAAAGCAAGGUUUUUUGAAGAUCAACUCGUUGAAAAGGAACAACAGGCAGAUUAUUGGAGAACUAAGUAUGAGCAUGAUGUUGAAGAACACACAAGAAGCCAAGAUGCUCUUAUUCAUGGGUUUAAUGCAGAAAUCGCAAAUUUGAAGUCACAGAUAUUCCAUUUUAAGGCUCAGCUUUAUGGGUGUAAAUCACCAUCGAAAUCGCCAUGUGGACCAAUUAAAUCUCCAGAUUUAAAGAUGAAACUGUUUCCAAAGUCACCAUUCAGUCCAUCUACAAGGGCCAAAAAUCAGGUUAUUGAAACUGUGAACGAUUUAAAUAAAAGUCACAAUCUCAAUGAGCAUGUAGAUGCUGUACAGAAAGAGUUGAACCAGAACUGUAAAAUGAUACUGGAAUUGGAGGCUGCAUUAAAAUCUUCAAGAUUGACAAUCAAUGAUCUUGAGAAGAAAUUGGAACAAGCCACAUGCUAUUCAAAUAUUGAAAGUAAAAUGAACAAUCUCAAUGAUCUUGAGAAGAAAUUGGAACAAGAUACAUGCUAUUCAAAUAUUGAAAGUAAAAUGAACAAUUUGAAUGAAAAAUACUCUGUUGCUGAAAAGGAUGCUGAGAUCAAUGCUCUCAAAACAAAAAUUGAAGAGCUUGAGCCUUUGAUGAAGGACUAUUUUAGUUCUUCAAAGAGAUUAACUGAGUCAGAACAUGAAGUGAAAAGCCUCCAUGAGCAGCUUGAGAAAAAGGUUGAGCAAAUUAACAAACAUGAAGAGAACAUUUUGAUACUAGAAAAUGAAGUUUGUCUGCUUAAAAAAGAAUUGUCAAUUGUGAAAUUUUCACAGGAAAAACAAACAGAUGUCCAUAUGUUACUCAGUGACAAAAAUGGGAUUGAUGGCAAACAUUCUACACAAACGGAAAAGCCAAAUAAUGGAAAUACAUCUCCAAUUGAAUCAGUGACAAUAACACAUGUAAUUACAUCAGAAAGUGUUCAAGAUGAGCUUGCAAUUAAAUCAAAAGAACUAGAGCACUUAAAUGAGCAGUUAAUUCUGUUGAAGGCAAAAAUUUACAGCAAAGAAAUCGCUUUGAAGGAAACUGCUGAACGGUGUAUGGAGUUAGAAUUUAAGAGCAAUGAAAAAGAAAUUGAAUAUACCGAUUUGGAAGAAAAGCUUGAAGAAAAAGAGAAGAAAAUUAUUGAUCUUGAUAGUUCAAGACUUGGAAAAAUAACAUUGCUUCAAGAGACAGGUGAAGAACUAGCAGUGCUGGAACUUGAAUAUGGGAAGGCCAAGAGGCAAAAUGAUGAGUUGAAGGCUACAAUAACAGAUCUUCAAAAUGCUAUUGUUUUGAAAGAACAAGAACUAAUAAGUCAGGAUAAUCGGCUUGCCGACAAAGAUCUAACAAUAAAUGAAUUGCAAACCAAACUUAAGAAAGUUACUGAGUCUCAAGCUAGUUUUGAUGAACCUGAGAAAGUUAGGAAUGAGUUAAACAGAUUGCAAGAGACAGUUAAUUCACUUAAUGAAAAGAUGCAAGAUUCUUCAAGCUACUACUCCAGUGUUGAGAAAGAACUGAUUAAAGCGAAGUAUGAGCAUGCAGAUAAAGAGAAACUUCUUAUUGAAAAAGAUAUUGCAAAAAGUGCAGCUGAAAAUGAAGUUAAAAUACUAAGAACAAAAUUGAAUGAGCUGAAUACACAUAUGGCUAAUAUUGAACUGGAACUUGAAAAUAAAGAUAUUGAGCACAGUUCAUUGUUGAAUAGUUUCAAUAGCUUAAAAGAAUUAAAUACACAGAAUGAAUUAGUGUCUGUAAAGUUGCAUGAUGCUUUACUUGAAAUUACCGAUUUGAAAAGCUCUGUUAAUAACUACAAAAGCUUACAUCACAAGGUUAAGGGAGAAUUGGAGGAAGCAUUGCUCACAAUUGAAAAUAACCGACAUGAGCUUGCAUGCUUUAAGAAAGAGACUGCACAAUUGAAAGGUUCAUUUACCACCCAUGGUGAAACCGAACAAAUUGAGCAUAUGAAGAAAGCUGUAAUUGAAUUGGAACAGGACUUACUAGGCAAAGAUGAUGCUGCAAACAAAAUUAAUAUUGAGCUGAAUGCUACAAAACAACAAUAUGAGCAAAUGAAACAGAAUUUUGAUAAAGUUAAAUGUGAUAAUGAGUCUAAAGAAUUGGAGAUCUCAAAUUUAAAACAUCAAAUACAUGAAGCUGACUCCAAAACAGGUUGUGAUUUAGAAAAGGCUCGAAUGCUUUAUAAUGAGAAGCUGCAAAAAAUAAAUGAUCUUGAACAAAAACUUUGUGAGUUUGAUAACAUCAAACAACAAAAUAUCAGGUUUGCAUUUGAAGUAAAUGAUCAAAAGGACAAACUUUUGAUGCAAGAAGAACUACUCGAUAAAAACAGAGAAAUGGUAAAGAAGUUAGAAGAUUUGUUAGCUAAGGCAAGAGAACAAAAUGAGGAUUCUGUUAUGUUUGAAAUUAAUCUAACAAAAAUGGAAGAAAAAUUGGAUGAAACUGAAGUUAAGUUAGGAAAAGCUCAAGCAAAACUGUUUGAAGCGAAGACAAAAGUUAACGAGCUUGAAGAAAAGCUACGAUAUAUAGAAUUCAAAUUACAAGAGCAAAAUGCAUUGAAUGUUGUAGAAAAAGAGAAGACCAUUUCUUUAGAAAUCAAAUUAAGAACAAAAGAUGAGGAAAUAAGUGAACUGAGGAAAGAAUUGGAAAGUUUUAUUGACUAUAAACAGACAACAAAUGACCUGGGAGGUAAGUUGUUAGAGUUGCAAACGAAAUUUGACACUCAGAGCACUGAGAUUACUUGUCAAGGUGAGAAAUUUGCUACUGUUUGCACACAGUUUAGAAAGAUCUGGGUUCAGAUAGGACACUCCGAGUAUGCUGAAAACUCAUUUGAUUGUCUUGAUGCGUGUAUUGAUGAAAUCUGUGAAUAUAUUGAACAACUAAGAAAAGAAAAGAAGUCUUGCGAGGAAAAACUUAAAGCUUUGAACAUGCAAAUUGAGACUGUGAAAUUAGAAAAGAAUGUAAAUGAAGAAGAUAGGCAAAAAGAAAUAAAAACGUUAAGAACAGAAUUGAGUAAUUUGGAAACAGAAAUCAUUAAAUUACAAGAGGAGAAUAAGAAAGCAAAGAAUAAUGAAAAAAUAGAAAAUGAAUUUAAAAGUCAGCUGUCUUUGAAAGAAGUAGAGUGUGAAACGCUCAGUCUUGAGCUUAAAAUGAUAAAAGAAGAAUUUACAACUGAGAAACUCAAGGGAGAAAUUGUAUUAAAUAACAAAGAAACAGUUAAUGACAUUAGCAUGAAUAAAGUCUGUAUUUCUGACAACAGUGAUAAGGUCUGUGAUAAAUUUAUGAAUGAAAAGAUAGCGGAAUUAAACAGACUGUAUGAGUCUGAGAAAUGCAAAAAUGAAGAGUAUAAACGGGUUUUAGCAGAAACUAGUGAAGCAAAUAUUUCAAGUCCCCACACUGGGAUAAGAAAACUGAGAAUACAGAAAAUUGAAACAGAAAAUGCCCUUGUGGAAGCAAAAUUUAAAGUAACAUGUCUAGAAAAGAAAGUUGUUGAACUGGAAACAAAACUGAAGAAUAAAAGCAUAGAGCAUAGAGACCUCGUUGCUGCAGAUCCCAUUCAGGAGAGAAAGCUGAAAAGUGUAACUAGUAAGCUUGAAGAAACUGAAGAGGAAAAUAAAGAGCUCAUGAAGAGGGUCACUCAGCUUCAGGGUGAUGUUGCUCAAUUGGAACAGGAGCUCAGGGAUGGGCAGGCACGGAGUGCUGUAGAGAGCGAGAUGGAAACUCCCCGGAGAUCAAGAGCCUCCUUCAUCAGCGCAGGUUCCCGACUGUCUGUCAGCUCUCCCGUUAGCAAGCUGGAGCUCACCAGGGCUCGUGAGAGGGAGCAGCGUUUGAAGGAUCAGCUGUCAGAGAUGACUGGUAAGACCAAGGAGUGGCUAGACAAGAUGGCUGAAACAGAGACCAAACUGCAGCUGAGAUGUCAGGAGCUUGCACAUGCCAGAGACACCAUUGACAGGCUGCAGACCCAUAGCAGUGAAGAGCAUGAGGUAGACAAGCAGCUCCGUGAGUGCCUGGAGCAGAACAAUGAGCUCAAGCUGCAGAUCCUGCGCAAAGAGGGUGACCUGGAGACCAAGAACAUCCUCAUCAAGAACCUGCACGGCCAGCUGGACUCAGAGAUGGGCAUCUUAAAGUCCUACCAGAGAGAGAAGCAGGAGCAGUGUGAGAUGAUAGAGCUGUUGAAGGAGACGCUGCAGGACCAGGAGGCCAUGUUGGAGGAGCAGGGGGACUUCAUCGUUACCAAGGAGACACAGAUCCAGCAGCUUCAGGCUGAGUGUGAUGAGCUUCAGAGGAAGUGUGCCAGCCAGGCUGGUGUUGGUGAGGCUCCAAAAGGGGACUGCAAGGCUUCUGUACGAGCGCAGGCUGACAGCAGCAUGUUGAGACAGCAGCUCACAGACCUGGAGACUAAGGUGUCUCUAUCCAUGGAGACACAGGCUAGCCUGACAGCAAACCUGACGGAGGCACGGAGACAAGUCAAGGACACUGAGAAACUGCUCGGCAAGAUGACAGAAGAGAGGGACCAGUUGACUGCUGUCUUGAGAGAGAACAAUGCAGAGUUGAAAGCCAUGGAGUGUGCACUCACAGAGUCGAGGAAGGAGCUGGAGGAGUUGCGAGGUCAGAGCCACAGCAAGCUUACAGCUGCUUGCCUGCAAGAAGUCAAAAAUGAGGCAGACAAACACUCACAUGACCUCCAGGCAAGAAUACGGGGCUUACAGUGUCACAACAAGGAGCUGGACUUCCAGCUGAGGGCUAGUGGAGAAAAACUGGCAGCCAUGAUGGAAGAAAAGGCAACAUUGGAAAAAAGGCUAAAAGAGUUUCGUGAGGAGCGUGACAAGCUGGUGUCUGGUCUAGAGACUGUACUGAAGAAGAAGGACUCUGAGAUCAAGCAGCUCAAGGAAGUCAUCCGCACCCUGAAAGAGAAGGAGAUACACAUCACACAGAGCUGGGAAGAUGAACGCGAAAAGAUAGCUUCUGGUUUGGAAGAAAUAAACAAGGCUGAUAGUGUGAAAGUAAAGGAGGAGCCUCCAACCCUUCUCUCACCCUCUCACACACAGAAUGAUGCUGGAGAUUCCUCAGAAACCCAGCGCAGACAGCGAUCACGUAGCCGACAGGCCUGUUCCUACCCCCCUAGACAGCAGGAGACAAAGGUCCAAGAGGAGUUGCAAGUGACAAGGGUCCAAGAGGAUGCAAUUACUGAGAUCCAAACCCUGGAGCGUUCACCGAGCAGUGCCCGUCCAGGAUCACAGGCCCAGAUGGAGGGUUCAGCUGGUUCCACUGGAAGACCACCACGAGCAUCACGCAGGGGCAAGAAAAGACCAAGUUCAGAAGGCCUUGACAAUGUGAUCCCGGAGCCCAAGCGUCAGAGCAGGGAUGAUGUUGCAGAGACAUCAGCUGUGUCAGAGAGUGAAGACUACUCGUCACAUCUACAAGUGGACGCCACACCCCCUGUGGCAGCUAAAACACUCCGUAGAACUCGCAAGAAAAAUGGCUCCAUUGUUGACUUAUCAAAGAAUGAGGAGAACAAAGAUCCUGCAAUGUCUGGGCAGCGGUCUCAAAAACGAAUGAAAAACAGACUUCUGCAGUCCUUCAGAGAAUCGCCAAUGGGUAAAACCAGCAAGCGUAUUCUAGACAGUAUAGCUGAGACAUUCAGUCCCCAAAAGUCCCCCCAGAACUCGCCCCUCAAGUCCCCUCUCAGGCAGGACAACUCUGAAAGGUCCAGAUCAGUCGCAGAGGACACCAGUAACCAUGGUGACAAGAAGGCCAGUAGGGGGCGUGGCAAGCACAAGCUCUACAGGGAGGAAACAUACAUCUCUGAACCCUUGAACAACACCAGGGAGUUUGUGCAAUCUCCACCUGAUGUCCACAAGUCAGUUACAAGAAGUCUCAGAAGUCGACGACAUUGAAAAUGAUAUCACUGUACACGCUGUCACUGUACACGCUGUAAAGUAUGGAAAUAUCUGUCCCAGACUGGGUGUAAUAUAAACUUGUACAAAUACAACCAUUGUGAACAAACGUUUGUUAUCAUUGUACAUUUCCCAUAUGUUCUUCAUUUAAUUUUUGUUUGCCUUUUCCUUAUCCUGAUGAGUCAGUAUAAUUUAUUGUAGCUUGCUAAUGGUUUAUUAUGCUCCCCCAAAAUUUAUUUUGGGGGGAGCAUAUAGUCGCCGCUUCGUCUGUCCAUCCGUGUGUCCGUCCGUGCACAAUUUUUGUCCGGGCUAUUUCUCAGCAACUAAUGACCGGAAUUCAAUGAAACUUUAUGGGAAGCUUCACUACCAAGAGGAGAUGUGCAUAUUAUCAGCGGGUUCUGGUCAGAUGAUUUUUCACAGAGUUAUGGCCCUUUGAAAUUUUCCAUUAACUGUUCAUAUAGUGCAAUUCUUGUCCGGGCUAUUUCUCAGCAACUAAUGACCGGAAUUCAAUGACACUUUAUGGGAAGCUUCACUACCAAGAGGAGAUGUGCAUAUUAUCAGCGGGUUCUGGUCGGAUGAUUUUUCACAGAGUUAUGGCCCUUUUAAAUUUUCAAUAAAAAAAUUCUUGUCCCCCCAACUACUGUGCCCUCAAGACGUUUCCUUUUAUCUGAAUAUAUAGUGCAAUAUUGUGAGAAAAGAAAACUUUGGGGAGCAUCACCCGUCUCCGACGGUUUCUUGUUCUAUCUGCAGUGAUGUCUUAAAGCACAAGCAGUUGACUGAUAAACCAGUUACUGGUUUAAUUUGACAAAUCUCAAUCACUUUACUAUGUGUGUUCAAAGCAUAAUUUGAUUUACUAUUGAAAUUAUGCUUACAUCUUAAUAACAUAUAAAAUUGAUAUCAAAUACGUAAGGUUGUUUCACAGGUUUGUGAAAUUAUUGUGAUAAGUAAGAUUUGUAUAGAUUGAUUCAUGGAACUAGUUUGGUGAAACAAUACUUGACUACAUAUGCAUUGAUAUCUCACUUCAUUUUACAAGCUGUAUCGUUCAUCAGUGUGUAUAGCCAUUAAUAGUUUCUUUGUAAAUAUACUUCUUUUUGGUCAUAUUUAUUUAAAUGUUUUUGUUUUUUUAGAAACCAGUUAGUUGGUAAAUAAUUAAUCAGUAAUUUACCAGUAAGGCAUAAUGAUCAUGUAGAUUUUUUAAGUAAAAUGUAGCUAAACAAUGUUUUGCUGUUAAAUUAAUAAUCUUAACAUACCUAUACCAUGCACAUGUUGGACAUGUUCACAAUCAUAUACUUUUCAACUCAGCCUGAAUCAUUUUAAUUACUGGUUUAAUGUGUACGUCUGGUGUGCAUGCAACAGGUGCCCAAAUUGUGCAGCUGUUGUACUGUAGUCUCUUUGUACCUGGAGCCUAUAUUACAUGUUUUCUCCUUACCUACUUAAUUUCUUUUCAAACUUAAUGGUAGCUGUUAUCAUAGGUGUGGUUCACUAAGCAAUAAAUUUCAGUAUUUAUAAUGACAAACCUAUUACAACAAAUAGUUUUAUUGAAACUGUUCCUGUUUCAUCAUAUCAGUACAAAUAUCAUGUAUAUUUUGUUUAGUGAAAAAUGCAUUUGAAAUAUUUGUAAAACUUGACAUCGGUCAACUCAAAUCUCCGUGUACUUGAUUGCUUGUUACUGACUGUCUAACUGGACUGUGGUCUACCAGUGAUUGCUUGUACAUGACUGUGCAACUUGUCAUCUAUAUACCCAGUAUUGCUUAUACAUCUACACUUAACUGUUAGACUUUGCCUUCUGUCAGACGCUUCUGGUCUCAUUCUAACACUGUUUCCCCUGUAUGAUUAGCACUUUCUGUAACAUUUCAAUUCUUAGUCACCAGUUGUGUAUACCGGUAAUUAUAUUCAAUAAACAUAUAUAUAUAU